ACUAUGGAGCCACACUUGAAAAGACUGUUGGCGCCAACAGUCGAUGAGUCUGCCGAGAAGAAUCCCCUCCAACGCUUUGCUGUGAUUCCUCGGGGAUCAGAAGUGAGCAAUGGUUUCCGAGAACUUUCGAUCAAAGACCUAGCGCAGGCUGUGAACUACAUGUGCUGGUGGAUUGAAGACACCAUCGGACCAGCACAGUGCCCGGAAACGUUGGCUUAUAUGGGGGCUAAUGAUGCGCGCUAUUUCAUAUUUAUGCUUGCUUGCCAGAAGACUGGAUAUCAGGCUUUUCUACCUUCUACGAGAAACUCGAACGACACUUAUGUUCAUCUGCUGGAAGCUACACACUGCACCAAGUUCUUUUUCAGCGAGGAACAUCGGAGACAAACCUUGGAGAUCCAGGGACUUAUCCCAGCCCUGGGUAUCUUCCUGAUUCCGACCAUUGAGAUAAUUUUCGAUGAUGAGAGGGGUUUGUGCCAUUAUCCGUACUCCAAGUCUUAUACUGAUGCUGAGAACGACACGGUGUGUAUCAUCCAUAGCUCUGGAACGACAGGCAUGCCAAAGCCAGUGUACCUUACCAACGGCUUUUUCAUGACCCUUGAGGCUAGUGCUCAUCUUCCAAAACCAGAAGGUCGUCGACUAUCUCUAUUCGCCCAUCUGGGCCAAGAGGACCUGAUGCUAACCACAACGCCUUGCUUCCAUUUAUUGGGACUCGUAUCUUUUGUCUUCUCAGUGUGGCUCAAGAUGCCUAUCCUGAUCCGCCCAGAGAAACCUCUUUCUGUCAGCCAUAUGGUAGAGCUUCUGCGUGCUGCCCGGCCAACAGCUGCAAUCUGUCCACCCUCGCUUCUGCAAGAUAUGUGCCACUCUGAUGAUGCACUAGAAACUCUGAAGGCACUCAAGGAGGUCUAUUUCGGCGGUGCAUCUCUUUCGCUAGAGACCGGAGAGCAACUACGCAAGUACACCAAGAUCAUACCGUUGCUUGGGGCCACUGAAAUCGGUUGGCUCCCAUCAUUGCUACCGGAAGACCCAGCCCACUGGAGCUACUUUGAUUGGAGUGAUCCAUUCGGCAUGGAGAUGCGAGAUCUCGGCGACGGCGUGUUUGAAAUGGUGAUUCCUCGCGAUGAACAUGCCCGCGACUUCAAGGGUAUUUUCCACACAUACCCUGACCUUAGUGAGUAUUCAACGAAAGAUCUCUACACCCAACACCCAGAGCACCCAUAUCUAUGGAAGUACUAUGGACGCCAGGACGACAUAACGGUACUAAGCAAUGGCGAGAAAUUCAAUCCUGUCGGUAUGGAGAACAUCAUUGAAGGACACCCUUUGGUUGGCAAAGCGGUGGUCGUCGGCCAGUCCCGCUUCCAGGCUGCGCUGCUCGUCGAGCGAAGCACUGCAGCGCAGGAGAUGGACGCAAAAGAUUUCAUUGAGAAGAUUUGGCCGACUGUGCAAGUGGCCAACCAGUCCAUCGCUGCUCAUGGGCGGGUGAUGAAGAACAUGAUUGGAUUCUCGGUCAAGUCGAAGCCUUUCAAGAGAACCCCGAAAGGCACUGUGCAACGCCGUCCCGUUCUUCGAGACUACGAGAAAGAGAUUGAUGCAAUCUAUGCCAAGGAGCUCGAGGAUGACUUGGACUACUGUCUGCCGGAGACCUUGGACUACGACAGUGUCAAAGAGUAUAUUCGCCAAGUUAUUGCCCAUGUUUUGGGAACGCCUGAUGUUGCAAAUACGCAAGACUUGUACACUACCGGUCUUGAUUCUCUGAUGACCAUCCAGGUCUCUCGAGUGCUGCAAAAAAGCAUCCAGCUGCGAAGGUCGGAGUUAGAACCUGGAACCAUUAAUCCGCAGACGAUCUACGGCAAUCCAACGAUUGACCGCUUGUCUCAAGUUGUGAUGAAUACCCUAGAUGGGACAGCCCAAGCUGGGAUCCCGCGGGCAGAGAAGAUCCAGAAUCUGGUAGAAAAAUAUACGUCCGAUCUUCCAACGCGGGCAAUCUGCCCCCAAACGGGAUCGGAAUCGCCCUCGACUGUGAUAUUGACUGGCUCAACUGGCUCAUUGGGAACCUAUCUACUGCAUUCGCUAUUGACUAGCGAGUCAGUCACUAAAGUUUACUGCCUCAACCGCUCGGAAGCUCAAUUCCGGCAGAAGAAGGGCUUUGAAACUAAAGGAUUGCAGAUUGAUGCAAACGAUUGGAAAAACAAGGUCGAAUUUCUUCAAGCCUCAUUCGGAGAAAUACGAUUCGGCUUGAACGAGUCCAAGUAUCAAGAACUCCUUGGCUCAGUCGACACCAUCAUCCACAAUGCCUGGAAAGUCGACUUCAACCAUUCCGUCGAUUCCUUCGAGGAUACUCACAUUCAGGGUGUGCGGCGCUUUGUUGAUUUCAGCUUGGCCAGUCACCACAAUGCCCAUCUUCAUUUCAUCUCCUCAGUUAGUACGGUAGGUGGCUGGACCCCGGAAAUGGGAGCUUCGAUUCCAGAAAUCCCAAUGGAAGAUAGUGCAGCUGUUUUGCAGCAAGGCUACGGUGAAUCCAAGCACAUCGCGGAACGUAUCUGUAUCGAAGCCACCCGACAAUCUCAGAUCCCUACGACGGUGUAUCGGGUCGGACAGAUCGCAGGACCGACCCAUACGAGCGGUCAAUGGAGCCGCCACGAAUGGUUGCCAACGAUCAUCGCGACAUCGAAAGCGAUGAGUAAAAUUCCCGACCGACUGGGGUCGGCCGCGGUUGAUUGGGUGCCAGUGGACACUCUAUCCAAAAUCAUAGUGGAGAUUGUAAACACACGUCAUAAGAGCUCGUCUGAAGCAGCGUGGGCCGUGUUCCAUCUCACAAAUCCGGAAUUGAUACCGUGGUCGUCGUUGAUCCCAGCUAUCCAGAGUCGGUAUGCGGUUGAGCCAAUUGAUUUCUCUGCGUGGAUUGCCGAGCUGGAGAGUAUCCCCAACCCCAACGGUGCGGAUAUUGCUUCCAAGCCUGCACUUAAGCUGUUAGCUUUCUAUCGUGGGCUGCAGGACGAGAACAAUGCAUUGUCCGUGGCGCUGGAUGUCCAGCGGGCAAAACAAGCGAGUGUCAGCAUGAGGGAGCUGAAGCCGAUCUCUAUCUCGCUGAUGCGAAACUGGCUGCAGCAAUGGGAGUUUUGA